AUGAUUAGCGAAGCCGAAGAAUCUUACGUGCUGUCGUGGUAUAAUCAAUUUAUUGGUUAUUCUUCAAGCUCUGGUACCAACGCAAGUAAUAUAGCAGGCCAGAUGGAUUCGUCUUUCCAACUAGAAGCUGUACAACCAGCAUCUCCGGGGACUAGGAAUACAAAUAAAACAGCGAAACAGAAGGAUUCGUCUUUCCAACUAGAAGCUGUACAACCAGCAUCUCCGGGGACUAGGAAUACAAAUAAAACAGCGGGACAGAAGGAUUCGUCUUUCCAACUAGAAGCUGUACAACCAGCAUCUCCGGGGACUAGGAAUACAAAUAAAACAGCGGGACAGAAGGAUUCGUCUUUCCAACUAGAAGCUAUACAACCAGCAUCUCCGGGGACUAGGAAUACAAAUAAAACAGCGGGACAGAAGGAUUCGUCUUUCCAACUGGAAUCUGUACAACCAGCAUCUCCGGGGACUAGGAAUACAAAUAAAACAGCGGGCCAGAUGGAUUCGUCUUUCCAACUGGAAGUUGAACAACCAGCAUCUCCGGGAACACAACAUUCAGACCUACAAACGAAAAAAUACUUCAAACAAAGUAGGAACGGAGCCUAA